UCAGAUCAGCUAGCAUGGCUCCAGAUCCCUACAUAUUCUUAUGGGUCAGCAAGUCUGCGAUGGUGGAACCAAAUUCCAGAGAGAGGGGCUGACCCGCUGCAGGUUCCACACCCAUCUUGCUCAUUUUCCAUCCAGCCAGAGCUGUGUGGUCCCGGUGGCAAAAGAAGACAUGAGAUGGCUCAGACAAACCACACAGAGGUGAUAGAGUACGUCCUGCUGGGACUUCAGGACCACCACAGCCUAGAGAUCGCUCUGUUUGUGCUCUGUCUGGGUAUCUACUGUAUAACUCUGCUAGGGAACUCCUUCCUUGUGGGGCUGAUUGUGUUGGACACCCACCUGCACAGCCCCAUGUACUUCUUCAUCAGCAACCUCUCUCUCAUAGACAUCUUCGGUACCUCUUCCUUCACACCUAUGAUGCUUCUCAACUUCCUGGAUGUCCAAAGGACCAUCUCCUUCCCUAGCUGUGCCCUGCAGAUGUACCUGACCCUGGCCCUAGGUACGACGGAGUGCCUGCUUCUGGCUGUGAUGGCAUACGACCGGUAUGUGGCCAUCUGCCAGCCGCUCCGCUACUCAGAGCUCAUGAAUGGGCCGCUAUGCAUCCAGAUGGCAGGAAUAAGCUGGGGGGUUGGCUUUGCCAACUCGCUCCUGCAUUCCAUCCUUGUCUGGCGCCUCCCCUUCUGUGGUCACUACAUCAUCAACCAUUUCUUCUGUGAGAUCUUGGCAGUGCUGAAACUGGCCUGUGGGGACAUUUCCCUCAACACGCUGAUAUUAAUGGUGGCCACAGCUGUCCUGACAAUGACCCCGCUCCUGCUCAUAUGCCUCUCUUACAUUUUCAUCCUGGCUGCUAUCCUUAGGGUGCCCUCUGCUGCAGGCCGGAGCAAGGCCUUCUCCACCUGCUCUGCCCACCUCACGGUGGUGGUGAUUUUCUAUGGAACCAUCACCUUCAUGUACCUCAAGCCCAAAGACAAAGACCCCAGUGUGGGUAAGAUUAUCACGUUGCUCUAUGCGAUCGUGGCGCCCUCACUGAACGCCUUCAUCUAUAGUCUGAGGAACUCAGAGGUGAAAGCUGCUGUCACAGCCUUGUUAUGGGGAGGUCUACUCACCAGGAAAAUGUCCCACUUUUAACUCUUAACCUCUAUCUCUGUCUGUCAGCAGAGGCAAAGUUCUAUUGUGGUAAUGACUUCAAUUUUUCAGUGGCUUAAAAACCACUAAGGUCUGUCUCUCACUGGUGCUUUGCUGGGGUUCUCUGCUCUGUAUCACCCUUCCGGGACUCAGGAUAAUACUGUUACAAUCCAGAACACUGCCUAUCAGGAUGGCCAGGGAAAAGAGACAUAAACAGGCCUACAUGGACUCUCACAGCCUCUACCUAGAAGUGCCACGGCCACUGCCACUCUUGGGUCUCAGUGGCCAACCCAGGGCCACAACUAACAGAAGGGGGAUGGGAAGCUCAGGCUGGCACAUUUCUGGGAGAAAGGAGAGGACUGGAGAUUUUUGAAAAGCUUAAUGAUCAACAAUGGCGAGUCAGCCUGAGACUUGGGUUCCUCUGCCCUGAUCUCUCCUUCACGGACUCAUGCAGGGUCCAAGAUCCCAACAAAGUUAGCUUAAUUGCCAAUGGCAGGACAGUACCAGGACAGCCAAACUAGGCUACCAGUGUGCUUCCAGGAGUUUCCCUCCAGUUAAGAGUUGCCCAUGAGAAACAUGCACAGAAUCUGGGAAGCCAAAGUGAGCAACACCCAGCCCUGCAGGGGCACUCAGUCACAUCCUUGUGAGCAGCCAAUCCAGUUCUAGCCGGAUCCCCCCACCCACCCACCCUCCCCACACCACCCCUGAGCUGUCCUCAGGCUUGUCCACGUGCAGCUACGUGUCAAAAGCCCACUUCUCCUGCAGGCCAUGUGCGAAGUUUAGCUGGGAGAGAGCUGGACACAAUUUUCUUUUUGUUUCUUCAACUCGGAGUCUUCUCUCACAACUGUGGCUUGACUGCCAGACCAGCAGGCCUGGAAAAGCUUCCGGCCCAGUGCCAAAUGCAGAGGUUCCAGCGUGCAGGGAUCUAACCACUCCCAUGAUUGUGUAAGGCUAAUCUUGUACUGACACAGUCUUAGGAAAAUACCAAGAGUCCCCCCUAAAGACUGAACUUUUGACAGAUCUCAUAGUAAAUAAUAUCCCUUGAAAUUAUUUAAGACUGUGUACUUAGCCUGCUGUCCUACUGUGUGCUCGGCUUGUUUAACUUGGCUUUUAAGAGAACAAUGUAACUAGUCUUACUAGGUGUUGGAUUUCCCAUGCAAUCAGCUUUUCAACCUAAGCUAAUACAUAGCUUUAAUCUUA